AUGGUUCACGAGCCAGUCACAGGGGGUGUCCCAUCCCCCCACUCCAGCCUCCAAACUGAAACGAACAUCAUCAUCCUGAGAAAAAAAAAACCAAGCACAAGGACAGGGGAAAGUCUGUUGUCUUGGAUCUCUCCCAGGGUACAUGUUGAAUACAUUGGACGUGCCUCGAAGAUGUCAACCUACAGGACAGCUACAACUUCAUACGGCUCGAUUAAAGAACCACAAGUAUCAAUCUGGACGGCCUUUCAAGAUUUGGUGUAUCAAUCUCUGCCACCAGCGCUCGCCAAUCAACUCUCUCGAUUCCCACUCUUGACGACCUUCAUAAUCAUCAUCUUGACCUAUGCAUGCUGUUCGACUUGUCUCAAGCUCCAGAGAAACACAUCCCUACCAUUCAGGCUGAUCAGUAGAGCCUACGGCUUAUAUGAACUCCUCAUCAACACAGUGCCCUUCAGUUCACUCGGCUUCUCCACUUUCUCAGCCAGACCACUCUCAAGAAACCAGGAUCCGAUUCACACCAAUCUAAAUUACCAUCUAUCAAGCCGCUCUUCGCCUUCAAUCCUCCGACGCUCGAACCAGCUCAAUCCACAUCCUCUGAGCCACGAAGAUUCCUCAAAAGUUUAUUAUCCUGGUCUCAUCAAUUCCUCAUCCAACUCAUGCUUCAUCAAUGCGGUCCUACAAUCACUAGCAUCGAUGCCCCACAUCAUACAAUAUCUCGAUCUGAUCCAAUCCUACGGUCUCCCCUCCACACCGCUUGCCAACGCACUCGGAGGGAUGUUACUUGCGCUCAAUACCCCAAGAGAUCACCCGGUUGUCCUCAAGACCUUUUCGGUUGCUCAGGCCCUACUCGAUCAUCCUAACGCCAGACGAUCGAUGCUAUUCAACUCAGAACAACAAGAUGCUCAAGAAUUCCUAGUCACCAUGAUUGACGCCUUAGAGGCAGAAGCUAAACUCUUGGCCGAUCAAUUGCUCCUCGAAUACCAAUCCACUCAAUCGAACGGACUCGAGAGAGACCAGUUUUGGAUCCAGGCUCGUGAGAUCUGUAGGAGCCCCUUCAGAGCACUCAUGGCUCAUCGAAUUGCGUGCGGCACUUGCGGCUUCACGUCCGUUAUUCGCCAUUCUUUUGCCGACCAUUUCUCGUUAAAUGUCCCCCCAAAGACGACAUGCCGCCUCGAAUCAUGUCUCCAAGAAUACACGAAGCUGGAAGUACUAGACGACUACAUCUGUCGGAAAUGUUCACUAAUCAAAACCUGCGACAAGUUGAAUCUGCAACUCGACGAAAUCCAACACCAACACCAACAACCGACGAAAUUGACUAAUAACAAGAAGAAACAAGUCCAGUUGAUUAAGAAGAAGUUGGCGAUCUUGAAGUCGGCGAUUGAGGAGGACCCCGAGCGAGAGUUGGUCCCUCAAAUCUCCAUCGAAAGGGUCGCUAGCUUGACGACAACCAAACAAACCAUGUUCGCCCGACCCCCAGAUUCGCUGACAUUUCACAUCUCACGAUCGACGGCCUAUGCGCGAGGAGUAUCGUUCAAGAACCAUUGUCAAGUGACGUACCCGGAAGAGCUGAUCCUCGAUCCGUACUGCACGAGCUUCGAAUUAUCCGGAGACGCGACCCAGCCGCUGUCGCGGAACCGACAAACGACGGACUAUCGAUACCGCCUCUUGUCUGUAGUCGUCCACUUUGGAACGCAUUCGUUUGGCCAUUAUAUCACCUAUCGAAGAGCUCCCUUGUCUUCAUCAUCAUCCAAUCCAAGCUCUCCUACCCAGGAUUCCAAAUCAGGAUCCCAGAGGGAUGAUGAUGAUGGCCAACUGGAUAGUCGCCAUCUCCAUCAUCGCCCCAUCCACAGUCGUCAAAGACACACCUGGUAUCGCAUCUCCGACGAAAAUGUUCAGCUCGCUUCAAUCGAUGACGCCCUGCGAUCGAAUCCGUUCUUGUUGAUGUACGAACGCGUCUUCGAUCAUCAUCCCAGCCAUCCCCCGCCACUUGUCGAGCCUCCAAACCAGCACCUUCUACUCAAUCCCGAUCACGUCCUCGACCAACCUACUCCUAAGAAUCUCGCCAAUCUGUCUCCAAAUCAUCCCCUUACACUGUCCCCUAGAGAACUCUCUUGGUUUCAGAUACAUCAUUAA